UUUUUUUUUUGGGAGAAAUGAUGACUUUCUCCAGCCAUAUGUAUUUCCCCUAACGAGCGUAGACAUGGGAACUUAAGAAAUGAACGAAACCGAAUUGAUGGCGGUCACCAAAGACGAAGCAGCUCCAACGCCAGGAACAGGAGGUACUCAACCUCACAAUCCAAAUCCAAAUCCAAAUCAAAAUUCUAACCCUAGCCCUAACCCUAACCCGCCUCAUACAACCAGAGGAUCCAAAGGAAAAUCGUGCAAGGGAUGCACGUACUACUCGUCGCUUCAUAAAGCCAAAUCCAACAAUCCCACAUGCGUUGGCUUCUCCAAAACACUCCACCAAGUACCCCCUUUUGUUGUGGGAGAAGCUGAGUUGGAAGCUUCCAAAGAGGGCCGCAGCCUUACAAAUUUCAAGUAUGCUUGUGUUGGAUACUCCGUCUACUUAGACAACAAAGAUUCUCCAGCUGAUUCGCAGGAUAAAACAGCAAAAUUGCCCUUUUGUGUUGGCCUUGAGGUGGUCUUAGAGGAGAAAGCUUCAAAUUUACCUGUUGGCCACGUUCCUGGUUCUCAUAAAACUGGAGAUGAUGAGCAUGCUGCUCCUCAACCUCGAAGAUACACACCUCCAAAUAAUAAUACAACAGAAUUCUUAAACAGGUUUCAAAGAAAUGCAGGCCUGGUGGCAUCUGGUGUUGCCAAAAACUUGAACAGAGUGGGUAACUAUGUGAAAGAGCUCCUGAAGGACAUUCUAAACUAAUUCUACAAUACACCUUGCAUGUUUGGCGCAUCCAAGCUCGCUUAAGUUCAUUUUACAUUUCAAUCCUCACCCCUAAUACAAGGUGCAUUAUAGAACUACUCUGACAUUCUAUCUAGGCGAACGAAGAUGACAGUUGUAAUUCUUGUGUCCGAAAUAAAUUCAAUUUUACACAUUGGCCAUUUUCCCUACCCAAGGUCAAUUAUUAUUUUGGUUACUGGCGGUCUUAUAAAUAAAUUUUACACAUUGGUCAUUUUCAUGGCUUUCUGAACGUCAUUAAAAUAUUUUUGAGUCAAAGUUGAGUUCAUGUGUAUAGCUUUGGAUUUGUUAUGGCAAAGUAUUUUUUUGUUCUACAACUUCUUUGCGGUCUUCCAAUGUGGACCCCAAAAGUUUAUGUAUCCCAAUUUUAUUUUUGUA